AUGCGCACACCUGCUCUUUUCACACGAAAGCAGCUCGCUCUGUUUCGUGAUAUUCUUUCUAUUUUCUUGGGCAUUUUUUCUUUAUUUGAUAAUUUACUUUUUUUUCUCUUCGUUUGGCUAAACUCUCACCUUCUCUCUCUCUCUCUCUCUCUCUCUCUCUCUCUCUCUCUCACUACUUUUUCUUCAUAUCUUCCCACUUUAUUUUUCUCUCACUUUCUUUCAUCUUUCAUCUUUCCCGAUCUUUCUCUAUCGCUUUCUUUUCUUUUUUUUUCAUUAUUAUUUAUUCUUUUUAGUUAUGAUUUCUUUUUAAUUUCUUUUUCACUUAUUACGAAUUUUCUUCUUCAAUCUCUUCUUCUUCUUCUUCUCCUUCUCUCGAUUUUUGUCUUCAAAUUAUUCUGCAUUCUUCCUUCUUUCAUGCACCUCUUUCGUUUUCUUUUACGUUUACUCUUUAUCUCUUCUCUUUCUUUUUUUUUUUUCCUCGUUACCUUUUCUUUUUCUUCUGUAUUCUCUUUUCUUCUUUUUCUAUUUCUUUUUCCUCGUCUCCAUUUUUUCUUCUCUUUCCUUUUUCUUCUUCUAUAUCUUCUUUUCAGCUCCCGUUUCUUUUUUUUUCUUCUUUUUCUUCUUUUACCUCUUUUCCCUCUUUUACUUCUUCUUUUACCUUUUCUUUUUCUACUUUUACCCCUUUUUCUUCUUUUACCCCUUUUUCUUCUUUUACCUCUUCUUUUUCUUCUUUUGCCUCUUCUUUUUCUUCUUUUACCUCUUCUUUUUCUUUACCCCUUUUUCUUCUUUUACCUUUUCUUUUUCUUCUUUUACCUCUUCUUUUUCUUCUUUUGCCUCUUCUUUUUCUUCUUUUACCUCUUCUUUUACCUCUUCCUUUUCUUUUACUUCUUUUUCUUCUUUGACCUAUUUUUCACCUUUCUCUUCAUUUUCUUCUUUUCUUUCUUUCUUCUUCUGUUUCCUCUUCUUCUUUCUCUUUUUCCACUUGUCUAUGUUAUUCUAUUUUCCUCUUUUUCAUUUAUUUUUCCUUCUCCUUUUUUUCUAUUUCUCUUUCUUCAUUUUUUUCUUUCUCUUUAUAUUUUUUCUUCUUUUACUUCUUCUUUUCUUACAUCUUCCUGUUCUCUAAUUCUUUUCCUUCCUAUUUUAUUCAUGUCGACUGAUACCGUAUCUCAAAUGAUAUUUUUCUCUUUCUUUUACGUUUCUUACUCUCUCUCUCUCUCUCUCUCUCUCUCUCUCUCUCUCUCUCUCUCUCUCUCUCUAGCUUUAUUUUUUUCCUUCUUUUCCCCUUGA